AUGUCUGCGGGAACUCUAGUGCAGCCGCAAGUCGUUGACGGGUUAGCGCUCAACGAGAUAUUCAAGGGCUUGACCUCGAGCCACGAAGAGGAGAGGUUGCGGUUUGCGCAAGAACUACACAACUACCUAUCGUCGAUUGCAAGAGACUUGUCAUCGGAGCAUUUCAACCGGUACAACAAUGACAUCAACAAGACGAUCUUUGACAUGCUUCACCGCGAAAACACGGCGGAGAUCCUUGGCGGGAUUGCCGCAUUGAAUGCGUUGAUUGAGUUCGAUUCGGGCGUCGGCAAGGAGAAUGCCAGCAAGACGGCGAGGUUUUCAAACUACCUUGGGUCGCUUAUAUUGUCCAACGACUUGGUGAUCAUGAGGCAGGCCACGAGGACGUUGGGGAGGUUGUCUACACUUGGCGGCAACUUGACGGGCGACUUUGUCGACUACGAGGCAAAAAGAGCAAUCGAGUGGCUCCAGAGUGAUAGCAGACAGAAUGAGAAUCGUCGGCACGCCGCGAUACUCAUAAUCACGGCGUUGGCAGACUAUGCUCCGACGUUGCUAUUUCCAUUGACAAAUCAAAUCUUGGAUACUCUUUGGUCGCCCUUGCGCGACUACAAACUCACCAUAAGGAAGGAUGCCGCCAUUGCGUUGGCAAAAUGCAUGGACAUCAUCUACAAUAGAGACGCCACUGCUCGAGCAUUUUGGAUCAAAAAAAUGAUUGAGCUCUCGUCAAAGAUUUUGAAUGACAACGACACUGGCUCACUCACCAUCAGUGACGCUAAAACAUCAGUGGCUCCUUCGGCAACGCAACUGAGCGAGGAUAUCCACGGCUCGCUCUUGGUGUAUCGCGUUUUCCUUAAAUACCACAGGGACUCGUUCAUUGUUUCCCGGUUUGACUCCAUCUACGAAAACACCAUGCUUUAUAAACAUCACAAACUUGCCGUUAUCCGGCAGGAAAUCACCGCGAUAUUUCCUUUGUUGUGCAAGGUGAACUCGGAGUUGUUUGUUGAAAAAUGCUUGCAUCGAACAUUCUACUAUUUCUUAUCGCAGUUGAAAAAAUAUCGAGGCCAGCAUAACGAGACCGCCAACGCAGAUAAGAGCGCCAUUUUCACAAGUAUUGGCCUUAUUGCGUUGGAAGUCGGCAACCAAACGGCAACCUACUUGGAUGCAAUUUUGGACAACAUUAGAGAAGGCUUGGCAUAUAAUACACACACGGGAGUGCAGCUGAUUUUAAACAACGCGGCCACGCAAACAGACAAUGCCAACGCGAUAUCGGCAAACAUGGCAGCAUACUCAUCGACCUCAAAAUACAGCAUCAGCAAGAAGGAGACCGAGCCCGCGAUUUUCGACUGCAUCGGUAAGCUAUCCAUCGCCGUUGGACCAGCAUUGACCAAGCACCUUCAAAGAGACAUUUUGGAUAUGAUGUUUACCAACUGUUCGCUAUCGACCCACAUGCAGGUGGUGUUGCAAACUUUGGGCCAAAACAUUCCCACAUUGAACAAUCUAGUCAACGAAAAGUUGUUAAAUCUCCUUAGUUUGGUUCUUUCGGGAAAAGGUUUCCAGCCGCCAGGGUCACCAUAUGGCAGUAUAAAGAUGAAGGAGAGUUUUGCGCGCGAUUGUCGACUAAUUAUGAUUUCUCGAGAUACGGGAAUGAGCGUGUCCAGUAUAAGGAGCGAUCAAGCGAAAUACGAGAAACUCGAUGGGAUGAUAAUAGUGCAAGCGUUGGAGAUGUUGACCGCGUUCAAAUUCGAAAAUUACCAGUUGAACGAGUUUGUGCGGCAUUGCACCAUAACUUACUUGGGCAGCAACGACCCCAAAGUGAGACUCACAGCAACAAAGACUUGUUGUGAGAUUUUCCUGAAGGACCCCAUUUGUCAGCAAGUCAGCGUCAAUGCCUUGACUGCGGUUAACGACGUCUUGGGCAAGUUGUUGGCCAUUUCCAUAACGGACCCCAUACCCGACAUUAGGCUCACGGGAUUGAACUCGCUAGCGAAAGCCGGCAAUUUUGACCCUCAAUUAUCGCAAGCGGAAAACGUUCGAUUGCUUUUCAUUGCUUUGAACGAUGAAAUGUUCCUGAUACGGAAAGUUGCCAUUAAGAUCUUGGGCCGUCUCUCGUCGAUCAACCCGGCGUAUAUAGUCCCUUCAUUGCGGAAAACUUUGAUCCAGUUGCUCUCCAAAUUGGACUAUUCAGUGACGAGUAGGAAAAAGGAAGAAAGCGCAAUUUUGUUAUCGUUGCUCAUUGCCAAUUCUAAGGAAUUAACACGACCCUAUGUCAAGCCGAUUGUGGAAUCGCUACUACCCAAGGCCAAGGAUAUGAGCUCAUCUGUUGCUUCAAGUGCCAUAAAGUGCUUGGGAGAAAUCGCCGUUGUUGGCGGAGAAGACUUGAAACCGUUUAUUCCCGAUUUGAUGCCCUUGAUUCUCGACACUUUUCAAGACCAAAGCUCUUCAUACAAGCGUGAUGCUGCUUUGAAAACAUUGGGGCAAUUAUCAUCAUCGUCGGGUUAUGUCAUCCAGCCGUUGCUCGAUUACCCACAGCUCCUUGGUAUGUUGGUGGCGAUUUUGAAAUCGGACAACUCGGUACAAAUAAGAAGGGAAACGGUGAGAUUGUUGGGAAUUCUAGGGGCGUUGGACCCGUACAAGCACCGGGAGGUUGAGCAAACCUCGAAGAACAUACCAGUUGAACAAAAUGCUCCUCCAGUUGAUGUUGCGCUUUUGAUGCUGGGCAUUUCACCUUCAAGCGAGGAAUACUACCCCACGGUGGCCAUUUCCAAUUUAAUGAAAAUCCUCAAGGACCCUUCAUUGAGUUUGCACCACACCAAAGUUAUCCAAGCAAUAAUGUACAUAUUCCAAACGAUUGGCUUGCGCUGUGUCUCCUUUCUCCCGCAAAUCAUACCAGGAAUCAUCAAUGUAAUGCACACUUGUCAGCAAAACAUGCUCAAAUUCUACUUUCAGCAACUCGGGUAUAUAAUCGUGAUUGUCAAGCAGCAUAUAAGGCCGUAUUUGGAAGAGAUUUUCAAGGCCAUCAAGGAGUUUUUCCACAUCAACAGCCAGUUGCACAUUCAAGUCACCAUCAUUAACGUCAUCCAGUCCAUCUCCAAGGCAUUAGAGGGAGAGUUCAAACUGUAUUUACCCGAGGUAUUGAUGCUCUUACUUGGCGUUUUUGAAGAAGAUAACUCGCCAAAGAGAAUCUCGUCACACCACGUGUUGAAAAGCUUUGUUGUUUUUGGGUCAACCAUCGAGGAGUUUGUUGAUAUAAUCGUUCCCGCCAUUGUGAAGUUGUUUGAGACCGGCCCCAUCGACUUACGAAGGCAGGCAAUAGAAACCAUUGGAAGAUUGUCCAAGAAUGUAAUGUUGAACGACAUGGCCUCGAGAAUUAUACACCCGUUGCUCCGGGUCUUGAGUCUGGGCUUGGACGACUUGAGAGAGCCGUGCGUCAACACUUUGAAUUAUAUGCUCAUUCGGCUAGGUGCCGAGUUUACUGUUUUUGUGCCCAUCAUCAAAAAGACUUUGGUCCAGCAAAAGAUUACAUCUCCCAAAUUUGAGCAACUAGUCGAAAAGCUUUUAAGUGGUGAUCCGUUGCCACUAUAUCUAGACGUUUACAAGGAUUAUGACCACGGCCCAUUUACUGCCGCUGACUCCGAUAUGCCGUCAAAGAAGUUGCCCGUCAACCAGGGAAUGUUGAAGAUGUCCUGGGAUGCAAGCCAAAAGCAUACCAAGGAAGAUUGGCAGGAGUGGUUCACCAAAUUGAGCAAAGAACUAUUAUUGCAAAGUCCAUCGCACGCAAUUCGUGCAUGUGCAGGGUUAGCCACGGAUUACUACCCUUUGGCCAAGGAUCUUUUCAACGCAAGUUUUGCUAGUUGUUGGAGUGAAUUAUACUCGCAGCACAAGGAGGAAUUGGUGCAGGCUUUUUGUAUUGCGCUUUCGUCUCCAACAAAUCCUCCGGAAAUAUACCAGACGCUUUUGAAUUUGGCAGAGUUUAUGGAGCACGACGAUAAAUCUUUGCCAAUUGCCAUCAGCACCCUUGGCCAAUAUGCUCAACGUUGCCACGCGUUUGCCAAGGCGUUGCACUAUAAGGAAUUGGAAUUUUAUGAAGAGCCCACCACGCCCACCAUCGAGGCCUUGAUCAGUAUAAACAAUCAACUUCAGCAGUCUGACGCGGCAAUAGGUAUAUUGAAGCAUGCCCAGAUGCACCAUGACCUCCAGUUGAAGGAAACGUGGUAUGAGAAAUUGCACCGAUGGGAUGAUGCCCUUGAAGCUUACAACGAGCGGGAAAAGACCGAACCCGAAAAUAUGGAAAUCACCAUGGGGAAAAUGAGGUGUUUCCACGCGUUGGGUGAGUGGGAGCAACUCUCGGAGUUGACACGCAAAAAGUGGGAUAGCUCAUCUAGUGAUAUCAAAAGAAGUGUUGCUCCGUUGGCCGCCGCAGCGGCUUGGGGCUUGGGUCAGUGGGACCGAAUGGAUGCAUGCAUCAAGGUUAUGAAAACCGCGUCCCCUGACAAGGCCUUUUUCAAUGCAAUCUUGAGCUUGCAUCGCAACAACUUUGACGAGGCAUCUGAGCAAAUAUUGAAGGCUAGAGAUUUAUUGGUGACGGAAAUCACGGCGCUUGUUAGUGAAAGUUACAACAGAGCCUAUGGUGUUGUGGUUAGGGUGCAAAUGUUGGCGGAGUUGGAGGAGAUUAUCAAGUACAAGUGUUUGCCGCAGGGGUCCGAGAAAAGAGCAGUUAUGAGAAAGACGUGGAACACGAGGUUGCUCGGGUGUCAACGGAACGUAGACAUUUGGCAACGAAUGUUGAAAGUGAGAGCAUUGGUUAUAAAGCCCAAACAGGAUAUGGACAUGUGGAUAAAAUUUGCCAAUCUUUGUCGAAAGUCAGGUCGGUUGAAUCUUGCUGAAAAGUCUUUAAAUUUGCUUUUAGAGGAAGGAUCAGCCGAGAAUCCGUCGAGGGCGCCGCCACAAGUUGUGUACGCCCAGUUGAAGUAUAUGUGGGCAAAAGGACAAAGGUCCGAAGCCUUGAGGCACUUGAUCGACUUUACCACCAGAAUGUCGCAGGAUCUAGGAUUGAACCCAAACGACUUGAUUACACAACCGUUGCCAUCGGAAGGUCCGGGAAUUCCAAAGCAUGUCGAAGAGUACACGCGGCUAUUAGCCAGGUGUUUUUUGAAACAAGGAGAGUGGCAGAUUGCAUUGAACAAUAGUUGGAGGUCUGAAACCUCGGAGAUAAUCUUGGGUGCAUAUUUGUUGGCUACGCAUUUUGAUAACAAGUGGUAUAAAGCCUGGCAUAAUUGGGCAUUGGCAAAUUUUGAGGUGAUUUCAUUAUACACAAGCCAGCCUCAAACGAACAAAAAAAUUGAAACUUUGGAAGAAACUCACCCUAGCGAAGCCGCGGAUCAUCAGCCUGCCGGCGUUCAACAGAAAGCUGGCGUGCAAAGCGUGCAAAACAACUCCCAAAUGCUUGCAGCCAACAAAUCCAGCGUGAUUCUGAUGGAGGCCAUCCAACGUCACGUCAUCCCUUCCAUCAAAGGGUUUUUCCAUUCCAUUGCUCUCUCCAAUUCAAACUCGCUUCAGGAUAUGUUGCGAUUGCUCACGCUAUGGUUCAAAUUCGGUGGCAUACCAGAGGCUGCUCAGGCGAUGACCGAAGGUUUUAGUAUGGUCAAGAUUGACACCUGGCUCGAAGUGGUUCCGCAAUUGAUAUCGCGGAUCCACCAGCCAAACGAAAUCGUGAGCCGAUCCUUGUUUGGCUUAUUGACGGAGUUGGGCAAGUCUCAUCCUCAAGCGUUGGUGUACCCUUUGGCUGUUGCCAUCACAUCGGAGUCGGCUAGCAGGAAAAAAGCAGCCCAGUCGAUAAUUGAAAAGAUGAGAUUCCAUUCUUCAGUCUUGGUGGAUCAAUCUGAGUUGGUCAGUAGAGAAUUGAUCCGGGUUGCUGUCUUGUGGCACGAGCAGUGGUACGAGGGGCUCGAGGAUGCCUCGAGAUUGUUUUUUGGUGAAAAGGACAGCGACAAGAUGUACGAAGUGUUGGAGCCUUUGCACCAGGCAUUGCAGAAGGGGCCCGAGACUAUGAGAGAACAGGCGUUUGCUAAUCAGUACGGCCGAGAUAUAGCAGACGCCUUUGAGUGGGUGUUGAAUUUCAAGCGAACAAAGGAUGUAUCGAACUUGAAUCAGGCUUGGGACAUUUACUAUAACAUUUUCCGCAGAAUCUCGCGACAACUUCCUCAGAUUAUCAGUCUCGAGUUGCAGUUUGUGUCGCCCAUGUUGGAGAAGGCACACGACUUGGAGCUAGCGGUACCGGGGACUUAUGAAGCUGGUAAGCCCGUUAUCCGAAUCAUCAAAUUUGACCCCACCCUUUCAGUCAUAUCAUCGAAACAACGGCCAAGAAAACUCUCCAUCAGGGGAAGUAACGGCAAGGACUACCAGUAUGUUCUAAAGGGUCACGAAGAUAUCAGACAGGACAAUCUAGUGAUGCAGUUGUUUGGGUUGGUAAACACUUUGUUGGUGAACGACCCCGAGUGUUUCAAACGUCACCUUGAUAUUCAGCAGUACGCGGCUAUUCCGUUAUCUCCAAAAGUAGGGUUGCUAGUCUGGGUUUCCAACAGUGACACUUUCCACAUGUUGAUCAAAAACUACCGGGAGUCAAGAAAUAUCAUGUUGAACAUUGAGCACAGGCUUUUGAUACAGAUGUCUCCCGACUAUGAUAUUCUUACACUUCUUCAAAAAGUUGAGGUGUUUACGAGCGCACUCGACAAUACGAGAGGACAGGACUUGUACAAGGUGUUGUGGUUGAAGUCCAAGUCUUCGGAAGCGUGGUUGGAUCGAAGAACAACCUAUACUAGAUCCUUGGCGGUUAUGUCCAUGGUGGGUUAUAUCUUGGGCCUUGGUGACCGCCACCCAUCAAAUUUGAUGUUGAACAGGACCACCGGUAAAGUAGUGCACAUUGAUUUUGGUGACUGUUUUGAAGCUGCCAUCUUGCGGGAAAAGUACCCUGAAAAGGUGCCAUUUAGAUUGACACGAAUGUUGAAUUACGCUAUGGAGGUAAGUGGUAUAGAGGGCUCGUUCCGAAUCACUUGCGAACACGUUAUGCGGGUCUUGAGAGAUAACAAGGAGUCGCUAAUGGCAAUAUUGGAGGCUUUUGCUUAUGAUCCUUUGAUCAACUGGGGUUUUGACUUCCCGACCAAAGUGCUCGCUGAAGCCACUGGUAUUCGUGUCAACUUGGUCAACGUCGGCGAUUUGUUGAGAAACGGCCGCAUCGACGAGCAAGAGGCUACUCGUUUACAGAAGCAGAAUGAGCUCGAGAUACGAAACGCGAGAGCUGGGUUGGUGUUGAAGAGAAUAACAGAUAAACUCACGGGUAAUGACAUUAAGCGGUUGAAAGGGUUGGAUGUGCCCACCCAAGUGGACAAGUUGAUACAACAAGCUACUAGUGUUGAAAACUUGUGCCAGCAUUACAUUGGUUGGUGUUCCUUCUGGUGA